CCGAGUUCGCCUCCUCUGGACGCAAGGGCAAGAUCUUGCUCGGCCUCGUCUCCCUUACACUCUCGUCAUACUUCAUCUACGACAAGCUCACCACGUCUCUGUCUCGGAAGUCUCGGAACGAUCCACUCGCCGAGUCUUAUGCGCUAUGUUCGCGCGAAGGCGCGCAGCAGAUCUAUACCGUCGACCCGGGAAACCCUCAUCCCGAGUGCAUUCUCGUACACCAGGACAAGUUUAUCUCGACCGGAUCACUCGAUCACGUCCGGUCCGUCUGGCACGAGUCCUCUUCUGGGCGGCUCCAGGUACGGCACCUCGGGCGCAGCCAAAUUGUCGUGCCAGGAUUGAGCGGUAUACUCUCUCUGCGGUCCCUUGCUUGCGUAUGCUCAUAAUUGCCGUUUCUGUGCCCUUCAGACUCACAUUCGCACGUGCUGGAGUACGGCGCAACAAAGCAGAUGCCACUCGAGGGAACGACAAGUGUCGCAGAGACCGUACAGCGGGUGAAGGCCUAUAUCCUGGCCGAUCCUGACAUCCUCGAUGACAAGAGCAAGUAUGUCGAAGGAUGGGGCUGGGACCAUACGAAGUGGCUGCUAGAAGAAUGGCCGACUUACCAAGCGCUUGAAACGGACCCGAUCGUGGCAGGGCGGCCAGUGGUUCUCCAAAGCAAGGAUGGACACGCUCUCUGGGUCUCAUCUGCAGUCCUCAAAGCGAUGGAACCCCUUCCUAAGGAAAUUGAAGGAGGCGUGAUCGUUCGCGACUCGUACGGCAAGCCCACAGGGGUGUUUCUGGACAACGCGCAAGACCUUGUCAGCCGCCCUGAGCCGACGCACAAACAGCUGCAGAAGCGCUUCGCGGCCACUGUCAAGGACGCCCAUCGUCUAGGCUUGACGUCUGUUCAUGACGCCGGCUUCAACCCCAUGUCUCUUGAAUUCUUCCGCCGGGAAGCACAUGCCGGUCAACUGCCGAUUCGCGUUUACGGAAUGAAGUACUUCGACGAGACGGCAGCAUACUGGGGUGACUCCUUUGAGAAGAUCAUCCUCAUAGGAAACAAUCGUCUCACGGUCCGGAGCGUCAAAAUAUUCGCUGACGGCGCCCUUCGAUCGGGCGGUGCCGCUCUCUACGAGCCAUAUACCGACAAUCCAGAGACGCGUGGCUUCAUGCGCAUCUCUCCGGAGUUGUUGAACGAAGUCAUCCCAAAAUUCAUGAAGGAUGGUUGGCAAGUUAAUGUCCACGCUAUUGGCGACCGGGCAAACGGCGUUGUCCUCGACGCUUUCGAGGCCGCUCUGGCAGAGGCAAAUGUCACAGCGCUCCGCCCACGCCUGGAACAUGCACAAAUCUUGGCAAAGCACGAUAUGGCCCGCUUUGGUGAUCUUGGGGUUAUCGCCAGCGUCCAACCUACCCAUGCAAUCAGCGACAUGUGGUUCGCCGAAGAUCGUCUGGGCCCUGAGCGCGUGAAAGGAUUAUAUGCCUUCCGAAGCAUCCUAGACCACGACGCGCGUAUCACGUUGGGCUCAGAUUUCCCUGUCGAAGACAUGAACCCACUCGCUGGCUUCUACGCAGCUAUCACACGAGUCUCGCCGGAGGGUACGUCACCGCAUGGGCCUGGUGGAUGGUUCCCAGAACAGCGAAUGACGCGCGAAGAAGCGCUCAAAGGGAUGACGAUCGACCCCGCGUACGCGUCGUUCACAGAAGAUAUCCUCGGCUCAAUCGCUCCUGGAAAAUUCGCCGACUUCGUUGUGCUCUCUCAAGACAUCAUGACGGUUGCUCCCCAGAAGGUCUUGAGUACCCACGUCGUCGCCACCGUCAUCGACGGGAAGCCUGUAUACGGCACUAUCUAAGAGGGCUAGCGGGCUGUUUACCGCUUUCCUCAAUUACAGACGUGUCUCACCGCACCAUCCGUCCGGCGCUCUCAUUGAUGUCGAUGUUUGACUAUUUUUUGGCGAUGACGCCUAACGGUCAGAUACCC